UUUGCAUUUGCACGCAUGACAUAAUUUAUAGUACUGUGUUUUACUGUUGUACGUUCAUUCGUCUGGUAUUUACUAUAAAAGUAAAUAAUUUAGCUUAACCAGUAGUUGUACGUAACAUGUGAUAAAUUAGUUCAUUUGAGGUUUAAAAUUUUUUGACAGCUGCAGAUAUAACAUCAAUCAUUAAUGAACGUUCAUAUCUGAAUUGUUUUGGUUCCAUUCACGUAUAUUGAUUUACUGUAGCAAGUGACCUGUUUUUCUUACUUGAAAAUGUGUCUCGUAAAUAAUUAAUCAUAUCGUCAUAAAGUGCUGAAGUGAUUUAAUGAAGUGCUAGAUUUAAAUCGGAACAAAUGACAAUCAAAAUGUUGAAUAUAAUGCUGUAUAAUUAGUGUGUGAAAUUCAGAAAAAGAAUUUUUAUUUCGUUAUGGUGUGCAUGUUUCACAAUGAUGACACCUAUUGAGGAGAAAAAAGAUGAUAAGAUCCGCAUGGGCAUGGUGCAAGUGUCGGACGGCAAGUCGCGGCCGCGGCCGGCGCGGCUGGUGCUCACCAUGGACGCGGUGACGGUGCAGCGCCCGGCGCCCCCGCCCGCGCCGCUGCCAGACCGCACCGUGCCGCACGCCAGGGAGCGGAUGGUGCAGAUCACACGGCAGAAGGUGGGAGGCCUUGGGCUGAGCAUCAAGGGGGGCGCCGAGCACAAGCUGCCCAUACUCAUCUCAAAAAUAUACAAGGAUCAGGCCGCGGACCAGACAGGGCAACUGUUUGUCGGAGACGCUGUCAUUAAAGUGAACGGGGAGUACAUAACGGCGUGCAACCACGACGACGCCGUCAACAUCCUGCGCAACGCCGGCGACAUCGUCGUGCUCACCGUCAAGCACUACCGCGCCGCCACGCCCUUCCUGCAGAAACAAGCUGAGGCGGCGUCGGACACCGACAGCAGCACCGGCGACGACCACCCCUCGCAUCACAACCAUCACAACAACCACACCCCCGCUCUCGACGACAACUGCAACUCCGAGCGCGCAGACGACGCCGGAUGGCAGAGUGCUUGGAGCGCGGAGGAGGGCAGCCGGCCCGCCUCGCGCCCUCCCUCCGCCGCCUCCGCCGGCAACAUUGUAGCUGUGUUGUUGCAGAAGAAGACGUUCACAGUGGUGCACGGCGGGCGCGCGGCGGGGCUCACGCUGGACUGGGCGAGCGGCUUCUCGCUGAGCGAGGGCACGCCCGGCGCGCCGCCCGUCUGGACUUACAGGUUUUCACAAUUAAGAGGUUCGAGCGACGACGGAAAAUCAAAGUUGAAAUUGCAUUUCCAGGACACGGAGACCAAAGUUAUCGAGACCAAGGAGUUGGAGUGCCAGAUCCUGCAAAGCCUGCUGUUCUGCAUGCACGCCUUCCUCACGGCCAAGGUGGCCUCCGUGGACCCCGCCUUCCUCGCCUCCAUACACCAGUCCAACUGAACCUUGAGUACUGAUUACUUUCGUUUUUAUAUCGAUAGUAUUUUCCCAGUGCGAUAACAACUUUAAGCACUAAGUAAUACAAUCGAAUUUUGAUUGAAUUUAUCAUUAAGCUUGUUUAAAAAAGAAUUGCUCAUGUUUUAAAUUUUUAAAUUAUAAACAAUGUUGUGAAAGAUUAACAAAGGUUCGUUUUCUGUAUGAUUAAUGUUUGAGAUAUAUAAAUGUAAAUGUUUAAUGUACAAUAGAUAUGUACAAUGUUUUUUUUUAAUAAUUAUUAGGAUCUGAUUAAGUAAGAAAAUAAUAAUUUACUUUUUACUUUAUUACUAAUCGAUUAAAAGUGUUAUGUGCUGUUGAGCCGAGGCCUAACGGAUGAUAAAAGCGAAUUUUCAUUGUUUAGCUUCACUUUACUUGUAUUUCGAAUGAAUUUUGAUUAUAUGUAUUUAUUUAGACUACUCUUUAUAUAUUUAAUUGCUGCCUGCAUGACUAGUCUUCCUCUAAAUCUAUAUUCAAGGAUUAUUUUAGGUUAGGUAUUUUUAGCUAGUUCAAAUUAGUUCUCAAUUAAUACUUUAUUUAAUGACUUGUUUUUGAAUAUACACUUUAAUGUAUCGAAUAUCAUAGAACUAUGUUCUUUUGGGUAGUAAAUGUAGGAGUCAAGUAAAAGUUAUUUUGUUUAGUUACUUUAGAGUCUACAAACAUUUACUUGUAACAGUACCUAACAUGUGUUGUAUUCAUUGCAUGAUACAUAACAUGUGUUAGUGAGAUCUUUUAAUUGUUUUCUCUCACAGUAACACAAUCUCAUUAUUUUUUAUUAAGCAAUUAUUAUUUUUAAUCUCAAUAUAAAUUAUUGACUGACUGCACCAAAGAUUUCAAGUAUUUUAUCUUUGUGAAUACUAAAACUUUCGCAUUUUGUUUAGAUUUAAGAAUAAUUAACACGUAAUUUGCAUUUAUUUAUAUAGCGUUUAGUAAUGUCGUUACCUUUAUUAGGCUUUGUAAGUUUCUAUUCAAUGCUCCUACGUUCAUAAACAUCAAGGACAUUACAAAUUCUUUGUGAAGUAGAUUGUAUAGUGGCUUGAAAUGUACACAUGAAUUUACAGUAUUCCAUACAUUUUUUUCUUAAUGACACAAAAUGAAAAUUUGAAUUAAUAUGUUAAUCGUUUUAGAAGUUUUAUGAAAUUUGAGUUUUGCCAUUCGGCCUAAAAAAUUCCGUGUGUACAUUUCACGUCGCAUUAGUGUAAGUGACUUUUGCGUUCGCGUCAUAUCAUUACAUAUAAGCAUAAAUAGUAACGCCAUAGCGUUGUCAUAUUUAUUAGAUUACUUUUAGAUGUUUGUUGUUUGAGCUAUAUUUUUCAUAUAUUUAUCUAAAUUGAUCUGCCCGAUGCAAAAUGGCUCUAUUUACUAGCGUAGUCAUAGUCCUUGACGAAAAUAUGUGCACGUUCAUAGAUGUUUGACACAAAUUGUGCUGUUAUUUAGCACGAUCUUAAGUUUAACGAGACAAUUAGUUAAUGCAAAGGUUUAUGUAUGGAUGUUUGUUAGAGUUUGUUGCCCAAACUGCUGCGGAUUGAUGUAAGGCAUAGAUGUUGAGGAUCUGGAAGAAAACAUAGGCAACUUACUUUUGUUUUUAACACGCGGAAGGAUUUGCGGGCGAAAGCUAGUAAUUAAAAUAAAAAUUACAAGAAUAAACAAAGACACAGUCUAUGUACGUGCAGAUGUGUUUGUUGGUUUGUAACUUUCUGUAGCGCAUUGAAUGUCCAUAUACGUCCCACGAAGAUUCUAUCACAUUAUAUGUUAGUUUAAUAAAUCAAAGAGUACUGUUAGCAGAAUAGUCCGGAGCGUCUUUUUUCUAUAUUUAUCUUAGUGAAACUAACAAUUUGCACAUAUCUUUUUCUAAUCUAACUUUUGAAAUAAAUGUAAUAAAAUAAGAUUUCUCAGUAGCGAUUGUAUGGGCAUUUAAAAAUGUAUUUUAACGAUUUUAUAAUGAUUAGUUUCGAAUACUAUUUAAAGUACUAAAUGAUGUUUUUUAAGCUUGUCACGUAAAUAUUUCAAUCAAAGAAUCUAGAAGCCUCAUUGAACGUGUAUCAUUUAUUCCGCUUAAAUUUGUGUCUAGAUCAUCUAAAAAAAAAACAUUUUCAUAUCACAACGUAAUAGAUAGUCGCAUACUCACUAUUUUCUAAAUCAGUUUUUUUUUCAUAUUUGAUCCUUUAGUAUUUUUACUACUAUUCUCUCCUCCUUAGUCAUUUCUUUGUCCUGUUUUGUCAAAUUGUUAACAUAUUAAGUUGUUACUUUAAGCGGAAUAAUGAUGAAAUAAUUAGUCAAUUUAGAAGAAUUCCUCAAGACUGAAGCAAGGAAGUGGGACUUUGUAUUUCGUACGCGGCCGUGUGCUAGGUUGUGUAGAGUCAAUUAUAAAAAGUACAUCACUGGAACAUUCCAACGAAAAUAAUAACACAUUGUAAAAGCCCAUUUGAUUAUAAUUAUCAAGAAGGUUAACGUCAAUUAGGAAAGAUAUGUUUUGCAUUGAAAAAUGCAGACGACAAAAUGUGCUUGUUCGUUUCAGAACACUUCAGAAAUAGUUACAUAUGGCCGCGAUCUCAUUCCCGUUUUCUCAUUAGAGCAAAAUAUGUCUUAGCGCGUUGUGAUAAGGUUUAAGAUUACUUGUUUCAAAGAGUUUUAUUUACAAUUCACUAUUUAUUCCUCUAUAGAUGUAGAUAGCUACGAUUAGUUAAGCUGGGAGCAACAUUUCACUAUAGUUGUUUACUUUCCUAGCUAUAAGGGUCUGCAUACUACGUUUAUUGUAAAACGUCAUUAUGAGCUGUUAGUGCAGAGUGAUUAGACCCUACAGUUUUAAUCUAAUAUGAAACUUCGAUUUAAUACAUCGAAAAUUAGAUACAUUAUAAAAUUGUAUUUAAAACGUAACUUGAACGAACUUAUAUGAAUUAAUUGUUCUAUUUAAUAUUUAUAUUAAGGUAUAAAAACAACUUUAAUUACUUGGGCAAGUUAUAGAAUCAUAAAUGUCGGUCCAAAUGUACGCAUGUAGCCGCCAAAUAAAUAAAUGUAGAUAGUUAUCAAUGUACUUAUUGUAUUUGAAAUUAACACAUUUGUACCUAUUUUAAUGUAUUCUUGUUUGCUCUGUUUAUGGUUUUAGCGUAAAGUAAAUAAACUCUCCAGUUACUUACAAGAGGGAAGAAAACAGUUAAAUAUAGGUAGAAGAUGCGUUUUACUUUGAAAUAAUUUGCAUUUGUUUCCGACCUCUAUCAUGUCAAUAUUUAAAGGUCAGUCAAUUUGGUAAAUCGCUCGAUCAUUGUCCAUUAACGUGUACAUAGUUCGGUCUCACGUCUAGUAACUAACAUCAAGACAAUAUUUAAAUGUAGGCAAUAAGUCUGCACGGAGCGGCCGUCACCUGCAAUACAUUCUACAAUGUAUACAGAUAUGAGAAUUAAAACCGGAGUCAGCCCUAACUUGCCAAGAAAUGUACACGUAAUUUCAAUUCAAAUGUUUUCUUAAACAAAAUUAACCUAAUAAAACUCAUGUUGUCAUAAUCUAGAUAAAUUUACGAACUUCAAUAAAGAAUUAUAUUAGUAAAACUUUGUUUUAAAAUUCGGCUUAAACCUGCGAGGCUGACUCCGGCUGUGAGCGUAGCUUGUAUACUGUGUCAGACUUGAAACCACGUAUUGUACUAGUUAGUGGUUAUAUGCCUAGUUACUUAUACCCAUUGUUGAUUAUAUACCUACGAUAUACCCAUU